CGUCACUGCCAGUAAAGAAUUAGGGUUCAGUUUCUUGCAUUCAUUCGAUCGUUGAUAAUCAUUGCCUUGAAGAUUUUCCCUUCUCCAUUGAUUUCAGAUCGCCGAUGUAAGAACUAAGCUUGGAGUAUGGCGAGGAGUAUGUCACGGUCGCCUUCUAACAGGCGGAGGUAUUCUCCGUCUCCAUCGCCUGUAGGUCAUCGCAAUGGCCGGCGAAGUAGAAGAGACCGUAGCCGCUCACCUUCACAUUCUCACAACAGGAGGAGAAGUCCCAGUUCUCCUGCACCUCGCCGGAGAAGUCGUUCUCCAGCUUUGAGGCGCCGCAGGAACAGGUCUCGGUCUUCCUCUCCUAAAAAACAUAAGCGGCAGAAGAGUAAGAGUAUAUCAUCAUCUCCACCUCCCAAGCCUAGAAGUCCAAGUUUGGCCUCUAUUGAGCGAGAAAACGCAAUUGAGAAACUGAGGAAGGAGGAAGAAGAAAAGAAAAGGCGUCAGGAGGAAGAACUAAGACUUCUUGAAGAGGAGACAGGUAAGAGAGUGGAAGAGGCCAUAAGGAAAAACGUAGAAGAGAGGCUGAAUUCCGAAGAAGUGAAGAAAGAAGUAGAGAGGCGAAUACAAGAAGCUAAGAAGAAAUUGUUUGACGAUGUCGAAAUUAAACUUAAGAAAGAAAAGGAAGUUGCACUAGAUGAGGCAAGACGGAAAGAGGAUCAAGCCCGAAAAGAGAGAGAAGAACUGGAUCAAAUGCUGAAGGAGAAUUGGAGAAGAGUGGAAGAGUCUCAGAAAAGAGAAGCAGUGGAAUUUCAGAAGAAGGAAGAGGAAAGGCACAAAGAGUUGGAGCUUAUCCAAAGGCAGAAGGAAGAUGCCUCAAUAAGAAAGCAGCUAGAGGAAGAAGAUGAACGCGACAAUCAGAUGAAGAAUAAAAAUCGAAACAAGACCAGUCAUCAUUAACCAACCAGUGUUCCCACCCAUGCCACCUCCAAUGGAGAUGCUUUAAUUUGUCCAUUAGAGAUGAGUGUCACAUACAGUUGUCACAACCAAAAUUUAUAUCUAGUGUUCGAGUUUGUGGCCACAGAACGAUUGAGGUUAUGCGUUUGUGCUAAACAAGGAUCAAUGAGCGAUUAUGAAUGAUGAUGAUGAUGAUGUUUAAGGUUAUUAUUUAUUUGUACGCGUUAAUGUAAUCAUUUUGGGUAUGAUUCUUGUGUUUGUGGAUGUAAAUGUUGUGUUGGUUAUGCUGUCUUAGGGACACAGGAUAUGUAUGACUUGGUUGACUGUAGUGAGUGAGGAUUUACACAAUCAAUAUACUUGGUUUUAUAUUAGAUUUUUUUUUUAAUAUUAGGGUGUUUGGAUCAACUUUGAUAUCAGGAAUCCACAUUAAAAUACUCCUUAUAUAAUCCAUUUGUUUUAAAUAAGAAACGCAAAGUGAGAUUUGUGGUGGUUA